AUGCGUGUUUGGAGGUGCAGAACUAUCAUUCUGAAUCCAAGCGUGUCUUUGUGUAGUUGGUGUGUUUGCGUCAGUGGGCGGCUCCAUCAACAGCAGCUAUAAGAGCAGACUGAGAUCUGAAGCGGCUCAUCCUCGCUGAUCUUCUCUUCCUCUGACAGACGCGAUGCAGGCGCAGGAGUACAUGAUGAGAGGGAAGGAGAUGGUGGAUUUCAUCCAGCAGUAUCUCACACAGAUCCGUGAGCGGCGGGUCGUUCCAGACGUUCAGCCGGGUUUCAUGCGUCCUCUGCUGCCCAGCAGCGCUCCGUAUGAGCCGGAGGACUGGAGCAGCAUCAUGAAGGAUGUGGAGAACAUCAUCCUGCCCGGAGUUGUUCAUUGGCAGAGUCCUCACAUGCAUGCGUAUUUCCCUGCGCUCACCUCAUGGCCGUCUCUGCUGGGUGACAUGCUGGCAGACGCCAUCAACUGCCUCGGCUUCACCUGGGCGUCUAGUCCAGCGUGCACUGAGCUGGAGAUGUGUGUGUUGGACUGGUUGUGUAAAGCGCUCGGGUUGCCAGAUCAUUAUUUACACCAUCAUCCACAGAGCAGCGGAGGAGGAAUCCUGCAGAGUACGGUCAGUGAGUGUACGCUGGUCGCUCUGCUCGCCGCGAGGAAAGACCGAAUCCUGCAGAUGAAGAGUGAAUGCACACAUGCCGACACGGACGAGUCAGUGCUGAACUCCAGACUCAUCGCAUACGCCUCCGAUCAGGCUCAUUCGUCAGUGGAGAAGGCCGGUCUGAUCACUCUGGUGAAGAUCAGAUUCCUGGAGACGGACGAGGCGUUUUCUCUGCGUGGAGAAACCCUCGUCUGUCUUAUGCUGUAA